UGUUAAAACCAUGGCGAAUUCUAGUCGCAGAUGUCACUGUAGUGUCCCCUGUUGCUCAAAUGACAAACAGACGCAUCCUUAUUUAAGUUUUCACGACUUUCCAACAGAUGUGGGUUUACGAGGUCGCUGGGUUCAGGCGAUUAGAAGAGAGGAGGGCGCCACUUUCAGGAUUCUCCGCGGCAGCACCUAUGUCUGCAGUUUGCAUUUUAAAGAUGACGACAUCUAUUCAACCCCGAAAGGUUUGAGGAGAAUUAAAAAGGGGGCUGUACCUUCGAGGUUUUUAUGGAAUGACUGGGGCAGAAAUCAAACUCGGACCGGUAGGCGACUGGGUUUUGACGCAACAACCGACUCCGAGGAGGAUGCUAACGCGAUCUCUGCAGUUGAUGUUGCCGUUACUCGCUGUGAGCACGAUUAUGCUCAACCACCUCCACCUGGUACAUCAGAUGAUGCAUCUGAGAGAAUCAAGGAACUAGAGAAGAAAGUGCAAGAACUACACCUUAAACUCCAACAGUUGACCAUUCAACAACAGCAGCCUCACAUGAAACGCUUCUGUGCCUCAGAUGAAGACUUCCGCUUCUACACCAGAUUCCCAUCAGAAGAAGUCUUCAUGAUUUUCUGGGAGUCAGUUUCUCCAUCUGCUUCCAGGCUGGUGUACUGGUCAAAGGCACAGAAGGGAGAAUUUGAGGCUCCAAGCCCCCACCGCAAGCUGCAUCUCAUUGAUGAGUGCUUCAUGUUCUUCUGCCGUGUUGCAGCUGGACUCAAAGAAAAGGUACUGGCAUCUAUAUUUUGUAUCAGUGUAUCUACAGUGAGUUGCACCAUACUUACAUGGACAAGCUACUUCUAUCAAGUCCUUGGAUCACUCCCCAUCUGGAUGACUCGGGAGCAGGUGCAGGCCACCAUGCCUGACAAGUUCCUGCAAUACUGCCCCAAAGUCAGAGUGAUUAUUGACUGUACAGAACUUCGCUGCGAAACAUCAUCUUCCCUCACCUUACAAUCUGAAACCUUCUCCAGCUACAAGAACCACACCACAUUUAAAGGUUUAAUUGGCAUUGCACCUUGUGGGGUAAUUACAUUUAUAUCUAAAUUAUACACUGGGUCAAUCUCUGACAAAGAAAUAACCAGGAGAGCAUGUCUGACACAGUAUCUCCAGCCAGGGGAUGGAGUCAUGGCUGACGAAGGGUUUUUGAUUGAAGACAUGUUAGCAGAGGUCGGUGCAACGCUGAUCAUUCCACCACUUAAAACUGCCCCUCAGCUCAGCAGUGCAGACGCUAAAAAAAUGCAAGCCAUUGCAUGUCUUAGAGUUCUGGUGGAGAGGGCAAUACAUCGUGUGAAGGAAUACCACAUCUGGGAUGGUGUUGUUCCUCUCUCCUUGGCAGGCUCCAUCAACCAGCUGUGGGCAGUUUGCUGCCUGUUGACAAGCUACCAAGGCCCUUUAGACAUCAAAAGUGACAAGCCUGUAUAGAUGGCUGGAACCAGCACACCCCUUUUAUCGAGUACUUUUUCUAUCAAAAAUCAAAAAUAUGUACUGUAGCCAAUUUUGAUGUCCUGGAGUUCAUUUGUAGUUCUUGUGAUAUCAAAACAUAGUUUAAUGUGUACUCAUGUUAUACUGAAAUGAAAAUUCUAGUAUAGAGACAACUCUAUUGCAAUAUAUGUAUAUAUGGAGAAAAAAAAACAAUCUGAACAGUUUGGCAUUAAAAUGAAUUUAUAUAUUAAUUAAAGAGCCCUGACCCUGUUGAAACCAUUACCUUUUCUAUGUAGUUGGGCCUCUACAGCAAUGUUUUUAUGUAUUUUGAAUGUAAAAAAAUAAAACAUUGAAUUACA